CUACACCAUGGCAUUCAAUGGCAUCCGAGAUCUUGAGUCCGAGAAACAACUCUGGUCAGGGCAUUGUCGCGUCUCCAGGGCAUGGUUGGGUGUUAAUGUGACGACUGAUAAAGUCCUGCAUUUCGAUCUCAUCUUGAUGGAUGCCAAGGGGAAUGAUAUAUGGGUGCAUAUCCCACCAGUGCUGCAAGAACACUUCAAACGAUUGCUGAAGGAACAGCAGGUCUACACCAUUAAAAACUUUGAGCUUCACACGACCCAACUGAAAUAUCGCCCCAUUGCCAAUACAUAUAUCAUGUCGUUCUCCUGGAAGACUACUGUUGAGCAUGUUCCCGAUGUCCCUUCCAUUCCUGCCUUCAAAUUCAAAUUCCUCAAAGCAAGUGAGAUGGCAUCUAAAUUGAAUGAUGUGGUCGUCCUCUCAGAUGUUGUUGGGCAAGUAGUACAGCACUCGGAUGCCAUCAAGACAACGAAUCUUGCUAGGAAAACCAUUCGGAAGGAGCUUCAACUGAAACUAAUUGAAGGGGAUGUUGUCAAAGUUAUUAUCUGGGGAAGAGUUGUAGCUGACUUUGAUAAGUUGAUCAAGCCUGGUGAUGAUGAACAAGUCAUACUGGUUGUAACUGCGGUUUCUGUCAAACCCUUCCUAGGUGAACUUUGCUUUAAUUCUUCGGGUUCAACAGUGUUGUAUCCCAACCUUGAUAUCCCAGAAGUAAAGGCUUUCACAACCAGGAAUGUGCAACCACAGCAGCCCGUGUUUGUUGAAUUACCCCCACCCCCCUUCAUCUCUAAUAUUACUCUAUCGGAAUUGCUGGAACUUCAAUUGGACCCUGAUAAUGAGAUUAGAUUAUGAUAUCGUAUACAGCUUGAUGUUGAAAGCAGUUCUGUGCCAGCUACCUUUAUCAUCUUUGAGUAUGAAGCAAAACGCUUCUUUGGUGUCAGUGGUAAUGAUCUUUUCAAUAGGACGGGUCAGAACAAUGA